UUUCGAGUUGCCAUUCAAAUCCUGUGUUGGCCUGCGAACGAAACUCCACUACAUGGCGGUGGCAGUGACUGCGACUCUGUUUUGAACUGUAAAAGCUUCUCCCUAUUAAUUAUCUUCCAACGGGUAACACAUCUCAGGAGACUCAAGCGAAGAUCAGGGAGUAGAGCGUAUCUCUUGACUGUUCUAAAUUUCCAAAGCCAAUGGCAGAACUAAUUGGCUUCAAACCUCUUUAAGGGGGGCAGUGCGUCAUGGAGUUCAUAACUAAAGGGAGCUGAAGCUCUGAUGAUGGAGAAUGGACAGAGCACAGCCACAAAACUCGGCCUGCCUCCUCUCACCCCGGAGCAGCAGGAGGCACUGCAGAAGGCGAAGAAGUAUGCUAUGGAGCAGAGCAUCAAGAGUGUGCUGGUGAAACAGACUAUCGCUCACCAGCAACAACAGCUCACCAACCUGCAGAUGGCAGCAGUGACAAUGGGCUUUGGAGAUCCUCUCUCACCUUUACAAUCGGUGGCAGCCCAGCGGCAGCGUGCGCUCGCCAUCAUGUGCCGGGUGUAUGUGGGCUCCAUCUACUACGAGCUGGGAGAGGACACUAUCCGGCAAGCGUUUGCACCCUUUGGACCCAUCAAGAGCAUUGACAUGUCCUGGGACUCCGUUACCAUGAAGCACAAAGGCUUUGCCUUUGUGGAGUACGAAGUGCCUGAGGCAGCUCAGCUAGCUCUGGAACAGAUGAACUCUGUCAUGCUGGGUGGCCGGAACAUCAAGGUUGGCCGGCCAAGCAACAUUGGACAGGCACAGCCCAUUAUUGACCAGCUGGCAGAGGAAGCGCGAUCUUUCAACAGGAUUUAUGUGGCAUCUGUGCACCCCGACUUGUCUGAUGAGGACAUUAAAAGUGUCUUCGAGGCCUUUGGCAAAAUCAAAUCCUGUACACUAGCCAGAGACCCCACGACUGGCAAGCACAAAGGAUAUGGGUUUAUUGAAUACGAGAAGGCUCAGUCGUCUCAGGAUGCGGUUUCGUCCAUGAACCUGUUUGACCUGGGUGGUCAGUACCUGCGGGUUGGGAAAGCUGUCACUCCUCCCAUGCCUCUGCUGACGCCAGCGACCCCUGGAGGCUUACCCCCGGCUGCUGCAGUGGCUGCAGCAGCUGCAACCGCCAAGAUCACUGCACAGGAGGCUGUAGCAGGAGCCACGGUGCUAGGUGCGCUAGCCUCGCCGGCACUCUCCCUGAGCCAACAGCUGGGAGGUCUGCCACAGGCGGUAAUGGCGGCACAGGCACCUGGAGUUAUCACAGGUGUGACCCCAGCCCGACCACCCCUCCCUGUGAUCCCCCAGGUGGGCCUGGUGAACCCGGUGCUGGCCUCGCCACCUGUGCUUACCAGUGCUGCUGCGCAGGAGGCCAAGAAGGAGAAGGAGGAGGAAGAAGUGUCCCAGGACGGCGAGCGCACCGAGAUGCUGAGCGAACAGGAGCACAUGAGCAUCUCGGGCAGUAGUGCUCGCCACAUGGUCAUGCAGAAGCUUCUGAGGAAACAGGAGUCGACGGUGAUGGUGCUGAGGAACAUGGUGGGCCCCGAGGACAUCGAUGACGACCUGGAGGGCGAGGUGACGGAGGAGUGCGGGAAGUUCGGAGCCGUGAACCGAGUCAUCAUCUACCAGGAGAAGCAGGGCGAGGAGGAGGACGCUGAGGUCAUAGUCAAGAUCUUCGUGGAGUUCUCCAUGGCUGCCGAGAUGAACAAGGCCAUUCAGGCGCUCAACAACCGCUGGUUCGGGGGGCGCAAGGUCAUUGCCGAGGUGUACGACCAGGAGCGAUUCGACAACAGUGACCUCUCUGCAUAGACUUCUCCCCUUUCUCACAUGUGCAGCUGGUGCCUAUAUUCUGGCGGCUCAAAGCGGCGCUUCUGUUUUUAACCUGUAAUUAUUUUUUAUGUCAACAAUAUUAAUAUUAUUGAAGAUCCCUCUGAGCAAUGCAGGAGAAAAAAGGAAUUUAUGUUCACCUCCUGUGAAGGACUGGACUGGAUAUACUAUAUAUCUUGUGUAUUGUUUUUCAAAUGGGAAAAGUAGGUUAUUAUAAGUAAUUUGUUUGCCCUUGUGUUUUAUUUUUUUACUACCAGUGUCAGCUUUUCAGAGGACCUUCCAACAGCUCCAGAGCUGUUGAUUCCAGUUCCCCAGAAUAAUAAAAUCAAAUGGAAAAAAAAUUGUUUGUAAUGAAUGUUAACCAUCAGUUCUGUUUAAAGAAUAAUAGGAUUUUCCAUCCAUUUUGAUAAUAUGGGAUAAAGCCAGUUUUGGAUUUCACUUUUAACUGCUGGAUUGUAUUGCAAGUUCUGUUGGUCUUUUUUUGCCUUGACCAAGUUAUAUUUGCAUUUAUUCCAUAGUGGUGUGAGACAGUUGUUUACAUUGAAGGAUCAGACUUGUUGGCUGCUGUUAGGUUGAGCGCCAAAGAUACUGAUGCCUGGGCCAUGAGUUAAACCAGAUGGAGAUGUACAACUGCAUCAAGGAUAUCGGUUAUGAUUGUCGUGAAAUGAUUUUCCAGUCAGUGAAAGGUCAUGGAAAUUAUCCAGUGGCAGGAGACCAAAAUUAAGGGAAGAAAAACUCAAGUUCUGUUAAUGCCUCUCUACAUUUGCGUGUUGCUAAUGCCACCCCACUGUUCUUAAACGGAAAAAUGAGCUGGGAAGUUGAAUUUCACCAUAAACAUAUUAAAUAGAUUUCUAUAUAUUUUUUACUCUUUAGAAAUGUGUCCAGUUCCUUGGCUCCGUUUUCUCCAUUUAUAUAAAGAUAAAAGUAAAGUGGAUAGAUAAGUCAGCAGCUGGGUUGGUUUGGAAUUUAUGCGCCUUUAAAAUGCAGGUUGGCAUUAUGUGCUUGUCUUUGGUUUCACAAGUCUUGAAUGAGCGAUGCCUGCAGAUGUGAUAAGAUAUGUGGUCUGUAAUUUUUUCACUAGAGUUGAGGAAUUUCAUUUAGACCUUCUGCAUCAUGGUUAUUUGAACUAGACUUGGGAUAUACCAGGGUUAACAUAACUUUGUUCAAAAUGUGACAUCAGACCAGUGAGAUACAUCAUGAAUGUAAGAUACAUGAGUGCUCCAUAUUUGUAUUGUAGAAUUUAAGGGAGAAUAGAAAUGUUAUACUCACUUUUUCAAUUAUCAGUUAGGGGUGUUCUCAUUAUCUAUCAGUUUGUUUUUCUCAAAUAUCGAAACAUCUUUAAAAUAACUAAGUCUUUGGGCUUUCUCCAUAAAACGAAAUGUCUGGCAAUUGUUACCAGUUAUGCAUCUUUCCUCUUGUGUAACCUUUCCAGUAUGGGACAAAAACAGGACUCCUGUGCACUUCUUAGAAUUUCCGUGUAUUGAUAAAUUGGAAAUAAGAGAAUAAAAUGGAUAGGUACCUAGUUGCAAAACCAGUAAUUUAAGAAAACUGUGGACUUGCAAUCAUUAUACCGCUAUUCAGACAGGUAGCAUAAAUUUAGAUAGGAUAGCUAUUUAUUCUGCAUAUCAGGCUAAAAUGUAGGAAUCUAGAGCAUGUAUACAUGAUGGUGGAGGGCAAUGCAGAAAAAAGCCUGUAAAAAAUUAUUCAUUGUAUAGUCAAUGUGGGGAAGUGACAAAAAGACAUAAUUGCUUGGAUGAAUAGUGAAAGAUAAAAUUAAAUCAAGUGAUGGUAA